CAAUUCUUAGUGAGUAACGAACGUGUUCGGUAGAGGUAGGUAAGGCGAUAACAUUUGGUGAAGAUUUUGGUUUUGUUUUAUUAAUAAGCAGAAGGAAACACUGUAGAACCAACCAUGUCUGCUGUCUGUCACAAUCUCUCUCAGUUUUAUUAUGGACCAAGGGUUAGCAUGAAAAUAUCCAGACAUUUGAAAGAAAACGUUUGGACAUGGAAAUCUGGAAUGGCAGCACAAUGUUUCUUCCCCAGAAUGGUUGGCGCGCGUUUCUUCAACGGGAUGACAACAGACCCCGUCGUUAGAGAAGAAGGGGACACUCCUAGAGUAUUGAUAACAGGGAGUUUGGGACAGCUUGGUACGGGGCUGGCAAAGAUUUUACGAACCAAGUAUGGCCGAGACAACAUCAUAAUGUCUGACAUUAUUAAAGCUCCAAAACAAAUUGUAGAAAGUGGCCCAUAUAUUUACGCUGACAUCUUAGACUUUAAGAAUCUUCAGGAGAUUAUUGUCACGCAUCACAUUGAUUGGCUGAUACACUUCAGUGCUUUGCUUAGUGCUAUUGGUGAGCACAAUGUCCCGCUCGCCAUGCGUGUGAACAUUGAAGGAUUACACAACGUCAUGGAAUUAGCCAAACAGUACAGACUGCGUAUCUUCGUACCGAGUACCAUUGGUGCAUUUGGCCCGGAUUCUCCUCGGAAUCCAACCCCUGACCUGUGUGUACAGAGACCAAGAACUAUUUAUGGUGUGUCUAAGGUGCACGGAGAGCUUCUGGGAGAGUAUUAUCAGCAUAAGUUUGGAGUAGACUUCCGAUGUUUGCGCUUCCCGGGUGUGAUAUCGGCAGACACACACCCAGGUGGGGGGACGACUGAUUAUGCCGUUCAAAUUUUCCACGAUGUCAUCAAACAAGGCAAGUUUCAGUGCUACCUUAGGCCUAACACCCGUCUUCCUAUGAUGUAUAUAGACGACUGUUUGCGUUCAUUGAUUGAAGUUAUGGAAGUUCCCGAAGAGAAACUAAAACUUAGAACCUAUAACGUUGCUGCAAUAAGCUUUACUCCUGAAGAACUGGUUCAAGCUCUCAAAAAAUUGAUCCCAGAGUUUCACGUGUCGUACCACCCUGACUCCAGACAAGACAUUGCUGAUUCCUGGCCGGAGGUGUUUGAUGACAGCAAUGCUAGAAAUGACUGGGGAUGGAAGCCCGAGUACGAUAUUGAUCGCUUAUGUGAAGUGAUGGUUGACAAAUUACAAGCAAAAUAUCCAAAGAAAUGAAAGAUACCAUAUACUUUUAUUCUGUUUUUAAACAGAAUUUUUCCAUUGACCUAAAAUUAUAGAUAAAAAUAAAAGCAGUGUAGGUUUUAUCCAGUUUAUAUAUAUUGAUACUUUGCAAUUAAUAUUUACAAAAGUUAAUUUCUAGUAAAAACGUAAGAAAAGUGACCGACCCAUUGUAACAUUAACAGACUCUUUACAUCUCAUUUCUAGCUGUGAAGUUGAAUUUAGUUGUGAUAUAUUUGUGAUUUAUCAUUGAAACGUUUUAAUAACUAUUUUAUUUUUGGAAGCGGAAUCUCUCUCGUUGUAUUUUUGAUAUACCAAAAACAAGCUUUCACCAAAGUGAAAAAAAUGUGUUUUUUUUUAUUAUUAUUCUGUUUAAAAUGAUGAGGAAACGAAACAUGUGAUUCAUAAAAAGUUUUAGACUUUUUUUUUUUUCGUUCACUAACAUUUAGGUUGGAGAAUUUUUUAUUUUUUUUUGGAGUUAAUUUG